CCGUUGCGCGCCAAAUGUCAGCUGUUGUCGCUCUGCUUGUGAAAUUCCGCAAAGCGAAUCUUUUCCUGGAAAAUUCACCGACAAACACUGCACUGUCCGUGAAAAUACCGCAAGAAGUGCAUUCUUAAGUGUCUCAGGAACAUUGAGAUGGAUCAAAAACGUAAAUUUACCACCAAUCAGUCGAAUGGGAAUAAGAAAUUCAAGCCAAAUGCCGAUGAGGAUGACAUGGAUGAGGAUCUGGGAGAUUUUGAGGUGGAGAUUGCCGAUUUCCCUGACUCUGAAGAGUUGCAGAAUGUUGAGGGCCCGGAAAAUGUCGAGUCUUGCGUCAAAUGGACUCGUCCGGCUGUGCCUCCGCUGGAUCCCAAGACUGAGCCUCUGAUCUUCCAGCAACUCGAGAUUGAUCACUACACAGGACAGCCUCUGGCGGGAAUGCCGGGCUCUCAAGUCGCCCCCGUGUCUAUCUUCCGGCUGUACGGCGUGACGAUGGACGGAAACUCCGUGUGCUGCCACGCGCACGGCUUCACGCCCUACCUGUACGUGGCGGCGCCCAAGGACUUCACGGUGCACCACUGCCAGCGCUUCAGGGCGAACCUGGACAGAGCCGUGCUCACGGACAUGCGAUCGAACAAGGAGAAAGUGCAGGAGGCCGUGCUGCAGGUCACCAUGAUUCAGGCACAGACGAUUCUAGGCUACCACGGUGAGGAUCUGCAGCCCUUCAUCAAGGUGUCACUCGCGCUGCCGCGCCUGCUGGCGUCCGUGAAGCGCAUCCUCAGUCAGGAGAUCAUCAUGCAGGAGUUCGACUUCCAGGACUGCCGCGUGUUCGAGAGCAACAUCGAUUUCGACAUCCGCUUCAUGGUGGACACGCAGAUCGUGGGCUGCAACUGGAUCGAGAUCCCGGCCGGCAAGUGGCGGCCGCGCAGUCGCGACGCCGCGCCCAGGACGGAGUCCAGGUGCCAGAUCGAGGUGGACGUGUCGUGGUGUGACUUCAUCUCGUGGGCGCCCGAAGGCGAGUGGUCCAAAGUGGCGCCGCUGCGCAUCCUCAGCUUCGACAUCGAGUGCGCGGGCAGGAAGGGCAUCUUCCCGGAGCCCAACCACGAUCCCGUGAUCCAGAUAGCCAACAUGGUGAUCCGCCAGGGCGACGCGGAGCCCUUCAUUCGCAACGUCUUCACGCUCAACACGUGCGCCCCCAUCGUGGGCACGCAAGUGCUCACGUUCCGCACGGAGCGCGAGCUGCUCGCCGCGUGGGCGAACUUCGUGCGCGACGUGGAUCCGGACAUUCUCACGGGCUACAACAUCAACAACUUCGACAUUCCCUACCUGCUGAAUCGCGCCAAGCACAUCAAGGCGCUGGGCUUCGAGUUCCUGGGCCGCAUCCGCAAUCGGCCGUCCGUCAUCCGCGAUGCCAUCCUGCAGAGCCGCCAGAUGGGCAGGCGCGAGAACAAGGUGGUGAACUUCGAGGGCCGCGUGCCCUUCGACCUGCUGCACGUGCUGCUGCGCGACUACAAGCUGCGCUCGUACACGCUCAACGCCGUGAGCUACCAUUUCCUGCAGGAGCAGAAGGAGGAUGUGCACCACAGCAUCAUCAGCGACCUGCAGGCGGGGGACGAGCAGACGCGCCGCCGACUUGCCAUGUACUGCCUCAAGGACGCCUUCCUGCCGCUGCGCCUGCUCGGCAAGCUCAUGUGCAUCGUGAACUACAUGGAGAUGGCCAGGGUCACGGGAGUGCCGCUCUCGUGUCUGCUCACGCGCGGCCAACAGAUCAAGGUGAUGAGCCAACUGCUGCGCAAGGCCAAGGACCAGCGCUAUCUCAUCCCCGCGCACAGCGGCGCCGCCGGCGACGAACAGUACGAGGGCGCGACGGUGAUCGAGCCCAAGUGCGGCUACUACGGCGACCCUAUCGCCACGCUGGACUUCGCCUCGCUGUAUCCCAGCAUCAUGAUGGCCCACAAUCUCUGCUACACCACGCUGCUCAUGCCCAAGGACCGCGCGCAGCUCAGCAUUGCUGAGGAGUCCGUGACCAAGACGCCGGCCAAUUGUCACUUCGUGAAGGCGAGCCUGCGCAAGGGUUUGCUGCCGGAGAUCCUGGAGUCGCUACUGGCGGCACGGAAGCGCGCCAAGGCGGACCUGAAGGUGGAGAAGGAUCCGUUCAAGCGCAGCGUCUUGGAUGGGCGCCAGCUGGCGCUGAAGAUCAGCGCCAACAGCGUGUACGGCUUCACGGGGGCGCAGGUGGGCAAGCUGCCGUGCCUCGAGAUCUCGUCCAGCGUGACCGCGUACGGGCGCACGAUGAUCGAGCACACGAAAAGCGAGGUGGAACAGCGCUACACGGUGGCGAACGGCUAUGAGAACGACGCCGUGGUGAUUUACGGCGACACGGACUCCGUGAUGGUGAAGUUCGGCGUGUCGUCGCUGGAGCGCAGCAUGGAAUUGGGCCGCGAGGCGGCGGAAUUCGUGAGCAAUCGCUUCGUGAAGCCAAUCAAGCUGGAGUUCGAGAAGGUUUACUUCCCGUACUUGCUGAUCAACAAGAAGCGCUACGCCGGGCUGUACUUCACGCGGCCGGAGAAGUACGACAAGAUGGAUUGCAAGGGCAUCGAGACGGUGCGGCGGGACAAUUCGCCGCUGGUGGCGAAUCUCAUCGACCAGUGCCUGCAGAAGCUGCUGAUCGAGCGCAAUCCGGACGGCGCAGUGGAUUAUGCGAAGCAAGUGAUCGCCGACUUGCUGUGCAACCGCAUCGACAUCUCGCAGCUGGUGAUCACGAAGGAGCUGGCCAAGACGGACUACGCCGCGGCGCAGAGCCACGUGCUGCUGGCCAAGAAGAUGAUGAAGCGUGAUCCGGGAACGGCGCCCAAGCUGGGCGAUCGCGUGCCGUACGUGAUCGUGGCGGGCGCGAAGAACACACCAUCGUCGGCGCGCGCCGAGGAUCCGAUCUAUGUGCUGGAGAACUGCAUUCCCAUCGACUGCAAGUACUAUCUGGAGAAUCAGCUGUCGAAGCCGCUGCUGCGCAUCUUCGAGCCCAUUCUGGGCAAGAAGGCGGAAUCUGUGCUGCUGCACGGUGAGCACACGCGCACGAAGACGCUCGUCACGUCCAAGGUGGGCGCUCUGGCGGCCUUCACGAAGCGGAAGGAGACUUGCCUGGCGUGCCGGGCCGUGCUGCCCGAGGCGGAGCAGAGCAAGGCGCUGUGCCAGCAUUGCAAGCCCAGAGAGACGGAGCACUAUCGCAAGGAGCUGCACCUGCAGCAGCGGCUGGAGGGGAAGUUCGCGAGUCUGUGGACGCAGUGCCAGCAGUGCCAGGGAUCGCUGCACGAGGAGGUCAUCUGCACCAGCAAGGACUGCCCCAUCUUCUAUCUGCGCAGCAAAGUUCGCAUGGAUCUGGACGGCCAAGCGAAGCGCGUGAAGCGCUUCGGCGAGCUUUCGUGGUGAAGAAAUCUCAUUUCAGAAUUAAAGGAGUUUUGCAUUGGA